AUGCAUCGCACAAAGGCUGUCGCGGCUGGCGAAUGCACACCCGCGAAACCUGCAGCACGUCUGUAUGGUGGCACACCCCAAUCGGCAGACAGUCUUCGCAAGCCAUUCAGAUGCCCAGGUUCUGCAACUUCAACUCGUGUAUCAGAAAAGCCUGCUAGGAAGAGGCGGAAGGUCGACUACUCCGGCGCAGGUGGUGAAGAUGGAGAGAGCGACAAACCAUACUCAAACGACGACCGGUUAGCGCUGGCGACUCGAGACGCGAAUCGAUUCCCAGUCUUCAAGGCAAAAGACAAAGACACCCUGUUCAAGCAAAGGUUCUCCGUGCCUCUCCUGAACAAGGACAUUGGCGCUUACAACGCGAAUCGCCCUGCUCCUCUCCUAGGAAUGCGACUAGGAACCGUAUUCGUUGCGCGGCCUCUUCACGACCCGAGCGGCGAGUUUGCCAUUGUGUUGUACGAUCCCACAGUUGACGAUAAACCUGCCCCAAAAGAAGAGGUGGAGCCGAAGCUCAGUCAGCAGGACAAAAAAGAACUGGAAGCUCCGCUCGUGCACAAGAGUCUGGCAGAAAUCCUGGGCUUGAAAAAGAAGGUCGAUGAUGAGCGACCGCGCGUGCCCGUCGUUAUUGAUCCGAGACUCAGCAAAGUCCUUCGUCCUCAUCAAGUCGAGGGUGUCAAGUUCCUGUACCGAGCUACCACCGGCAUGAUCGAUCCAAAAGCAAACGGCUGCAUCAUGGCAGAUGAGAUGGGUCUUGGCAAGACAUUGCAAUGCAUUGCGCUCAUGUGGACACUCCUGAAACAGUCACCCGACGCUGGCAAGUCGACGAUACAAAAGUGUGUGAUUGCCUGUCCCUCCAGUCUGGUACGAAAUUGGGCCAACGAACUGGUGAAAUGGCUCGGCCCAGACGCAGUCACUCCUUUCGCGAUCGAUGGAAAGGCAUCGAAAGACGAGCUUAUCCAGCAAAUCCGACAGUGGUCCAUUGCCAGUGGACGUUCGGUGGUUCGCCCAGUUCUGAUUGUCUCGUAUGAAACCCUUCGUCUCUAUGUCGAAGAGUUUGGACAGACGCAGAUCGGUCUUAUGCUUUGCGACGAAGGCCAUCGUCUGAAGAACGGUGACAGCUUAACCUUUACAGCGCUCAAUAGUCUCAAUGUACAGAGGCGGGUGAUCCUGUCAGGUACACCUAUCCAGAACGAUCUUUCGGAAUACUUUGCUUUGCUCAACUUCGCCAAUCCAAAUUAUCUUGGCACCCGUAUGGAAUUUCGAAAGCAUUACGAGAUUCCAAUUCUGCGUGGCCGUGACGCCAAUGGUACAGAUGAGGACGUCAAGAAGGGCAAUGAGCGCCUCACAGAAUUAUUGGGCUUGGUCAACAAAUUCAUCAUCCGGCGAACGAACGAUAUUCUGUCCAAGUAUCUCCCCGUGAAGUACGAGCAUGUAGUGUUCUGCAACCUCGCACCUUUCCAGAAGGAGUUGUAUAACCAUUUCAUCAAGUCGCCUGACGUUCAAAGUCUGCUUCGUGGCAAAGGCUCGCAGCCGCUCAAAGUCAUUGGCAUGCUCAAGAAGCUUUGCAACCACCCUGAUCUUCUCGAACUCCCCCAAGAUCUGCCAGGUUGCGAACACACGCUACCCGAGGACUUUGUGCCCAAGGAUGCAAGAGGCCGAGAUCGUGAGGUCAAGGUAUGGUACUCAGGCAAGAUGUUGGUGCUGGAUCGUAUGCUCGCGCGCAUCCGGGCCGAGACCAACGACAAGAUCGUUCUUAUCUCAAACUACACACAAACGCUUGAUAUCUUCGCAGCACUGUGCCGGUCUCGUGGAUACGGCUGUCUACGUCUGGACGGGACGAUGAACGUGAGCAAGCGCCAAAAACUUGUCGACAAAUUCAAUGACCCAGAAGGCCCAGAAUUCGUCUUCCUGCUUUCAUCCAAGGCAGGAGGAUGUGGUCUGAAUCUCAUUGGCGCCAAUCGCCUGGUCCUCUUCGAUCCCGAUUGGAACCCAGCGGCUGACCAACAGGCUCUUGCCCGUGUGUGGCGUGAUGGGCAGAAGAAGGACUGUUUCGUGUACCGCUUCAUCACGACUGGCACAAUUGAGGAAAAGGUCUUUCAACGUCAAUCGCACAAACAGUCUCUCUCAUCAUGCGUUGUUGAUUCAGCGGAAGAUGUCGAACGCCAUUUCUCCCUUGAUUCCCUGCGAGAACUCUUUCAAUACCGCAACAAUACUACGAGCGAUACACACGAUACCUUCAAGUGUAAGCGAUGCAGGAAGGAAGAUGGAAGGCAGAUUCUCAAAGCACCAGCGAUGUUGUAUGGUGACACGAGUACAUGGAACCAUUUUGUCAACGACGGUGAGAAUGGUCCGCUUGGGAAGAUACAGGAUUUGCUGCUGAGGCAAGAGACUACGAACGAUCUCAGGGAUGUCACGGGAAAGCAUGGCAUUGCGAACGGCGUUCAGGGUAAGGAUGCUGUUUCCUCUAGCGCGUCGAUGGUCUUAGAUACGUUAGCAUGA